AUGACAGCAACAUCUCUUAAGCUCCGGAUCUAUGAACGCCCAAGUCUCGAAGAGAAACUGUACCACUUCAAACUCAAUGUAACAGAGGCUCCUCUUCGAGCUUCUGAUUCGACAUCUGCCCCUCCAGCUGCAGACUCGGGGGUGCCAGGAGAACCUCUCAACCUCAUUCAGCUGUUCAGUGUUGGAGCAGUUUUCCUGAAUCUUAUUUGA